AUGGUCAAGCUUGAAGAACUCGAAGAUGAGCACUUCAUCAACAAGCCAGAUACUACCAAAGACGGCGCUCUGCUAGUUGAUGACGAUGAAGACUACACUGACACCGACUCCGAGAUCUCCGAAGACGACGCCAUCGAGGCUCCCCUAGACGAGACACUUCUCGACCGUCUCGCCGCUCUCCGCGACAUCGUGCCCCCCAAAACCCGCGCCAGACUCGCCUCUGCCACGCAGUCCGUCUAUUCCGCGGCCAACGCCUCAAUCACCUACGGCGGAAAGAGCCUGUGGGUCAUCGCGACCAGUAUCCUGUUAUUGGGCAUCCCUUAUGCGCUCGCGCUGGGCGAGGAACAGCAGUACAUGGAGGAGGAGAGGCAGCGGACGAUGAUGGAACAGGGACAGCAGGGCAUCAUUCAGCAAGGCCAGCCUGGUGGGCAAGGGGACGCGAAGCCGGCGUUGUAA